GAUGUCCCCAGAAAACUACAAACUUAUGUGUGAGAUUGCCUUCAAACUCUUCAAAGAAUGGAAGGUUGAGAUUUCAGAUGCAAUAAAAACACCAUUUCCUUUCCUUGAGAUUUUUUAUGACCGUGGACUCAUAACCAAGGAAAUGUAUGAAGAGUCUAAAACAUCUUGGAUAAACCAGGCACCUGUACAAAAAGUAGUGUAUGAUGUUCUCAAUGAACUGGAAAAGAAAUUUGACCUGUCACUUCUGGAAAUCUUGUUCAGCAAGGUUAUUGUAGACAAGUACCCUGAUUUAAAAGGCAUUCUCAGAGGCUUCAGAAAUGUGAUCCUAAAGAAAAUUUUUCCUCAAGCAAGUGUUGGAGAUGAGAGUGCAGAGAACUGUAAUAUUCAACUGAGCAUUGAACAAGGAACUGGUGAAAACUCAUAUCCAAGGCUGUCCUGGCUCUUCCCAAAUCUAUCGGAUUACACAGGUACAGCUCCACCUGAUACUAGACUCUCAGAGUGCCUCCCUGGAACAGAAGACAUACAUAUGGUGGAUACAAUUAUAAUCAGUGACGAUGAUGCAUUAGAACCCCAACAAGCGAUUGAACAAUCUGCCCAAGUGUUUGAGCCAGUAGUGACCAGCAGUGCUGACUCUGCAGAACGCAGAAACAGAGAAGAGCCUCCCAUAGCUUCCACCUCAGCACUGAGAAAACCAGAGUCUAUGAACUUAACAAAGUCAUCUACACCUGGAAACAGACCUUCCAAAAGAGGUUUCAUGGAUCUUGGAAACAACUCUGCUUUACAAAACCCCAAGAAAAAAAGAAGGUCAAGACAGCACCCAGAUGCGUCUGUAAAUUUUCGUGCUGAAAUACUUCGUGUGGCCUGUGGGGAGAUGAGGGGGCUGUUAAUUAAGAGAAAAUUGGAACGAGGAGCCACAAGGAAGUGCAUAAGAACUGAAGAUGGAAACUGGUUCACUCCCAGGGAAUUUGAAGUCAGAGGAGGCUACCAAGCAUGUAACUGGAAGACCAGCCUGACCUGCAGUGGAAAAACCCUAAAAAAGCUGAUAAAGGAUAAACAUAUCCGUUCACCUCCCAUUACACGUGAAAGCAAAAAAACGGUGAUUAUUACUUUAUACUAGUUCUUAUUCAUAACUGAUUUUAUAUGUACUGCAUCAUUUUUAUGGUUUC